AUGGUUUGGGUAGAUGCUUAUCCUACGUCACUGAUAUCCUUAACUGGAGAUGAGCCUAUUCUAAAACUUAUUCGUAUCCCACAUACUCCCCUAAUUGGAUUGUUGACUAAAUCAAGUUUGUUGAUUUACAAUCAGCAUUCCUUAUUGUUAGUAGCACAUCAUAUAAGAACCGACGAGUCAUUACAACAACAUGGAGAAAAUAUCAACGUAAAAUGCAAGCAUAUAUCGGUUAACAAUGCUCAAUUACAACAAUUGGCUAUCGUAAAUCUAUUCGUUGAAACAGAUUUAAGCUGUUUGGUGAUUUACCAAGUCAUGAUAAAUUAUUCGAAAUCUUUAUACGAAGUACAUAAUAAGCAAAAUGAUGAGUUAUUGCAAACAGGCUUACCAUUGAGUUUUACUUCACAUAAGUUUUCUUUGGUUAAUAUGAUAAAAUCAGCAACGAAAACUAUCAUGCAAGGGAAUCAAGUGCUGGUGAAUCUAGAGAAUAUAGAGCAUUUUAACAACUGUUCCAUUGAAGACGAAUUAAGCAAUUUCAAAAUUGAGUAUGUGAAGUUGUCGGUCUAUAAGGUAUUGAAAAUUGGUAUUGGGAUCUCAAAAUAUUGGAUUAAACAAAAUUCCCACAAUGUUCUACUUUUUAAUAAUAAGAACGAAAAAUGUUCUGGUGAUCAUGCUCAGUCAUUGCCAGAAGACGAUAAUUAUUUCCAACUUAUAAACAUAAAGAAUUUUAAGAAUGAAGUGUUUCAAUUUUCGGAACUAGAAUGGUAUGAUCACGAUUCGAAAGUUAUGCACAUUACAUUUAAUUACUAUCGGAACUUCAUUUUAUUGAUUAAUGACAAAUGCCAAAUAUGGUAUAUGAAAUUUGAACAAGGUGAAGACUUAAAAGUUAAAAUAGUUGGUCUGAAAGUAUUUGAAUUUGACGAAGUAGAAACACCCGAAUACAAAAUAUCUUUCAAUCCCAAAUUUGACUUAGUUUCAAUAAGAAUAGGCAGUAAAAUUAAACUAUUCAAAUUCCAUGAAAAGACAAAUACUAACUCAUUGGAAUUCGUCAAAGAUAUUGACUUUGAAUUCACCAAUGGUGAGAUAGAGAUCCACUGGUCGCCAUGUGGUAAAUUUUUUGUGGUGUUUAACAAAGAGUCUGGAUAUUGGUCCAUCUACUCAAAGUUUGGUAAUAACUCGUUUAGCUCGUUUGAAAUCUUGAAUGAAGCUAAUUCCCAGAAUAAUGCCGAUACUGACCCUAUCACAAAUUUUCUAAAGAUUUCAAGCGUAUUAAUUACCUCCAACUCAAGUCAAUUGAUAUUAAUGAAUAAGAACAAAACCCAUUUAUAUUUGGUUGACCUAUUAUCGUUAGCCAACGGGAACCACUCUGGAUCAAGUUCAGAUUUAAUUUUUUACAAUAAUGAGUAUAUCAGUAUAUUGUCCAACUACAGUGCCAACGCGGCAAAUAAUUUUAUUCGAUUCCCUAUGUUACCUUUAUUUAAGGAUAUAUUUAGAAAGAUUGAAAAUUUUAAUGGUUCAAGUUCAUCGGUUAAAUAUCCGAGUGGACAAUUGCGAUUCUCGUCUAAUAGAUAUAGACAGAUAUCGGUAACAUACGGAGACCACAUUGCCGUUUCUACUCCAUAUAAUAGUGGGCAUGAUGUUAACCAGAUAUUAUGGUUCAAUUUCCGUGACUAUUACAUUGAACCUCUUAACAUAAUUGAACAUUUUUGGUUUGAUGAUUAUUUAAUUCUAUUUAAUAGAACAGUGCAGGAGGGUAUUUUUGUUGAUGAAAUUAUGGUAUUAGAUACUUCGUUAUCAAAAUAUGGACAUGGUGGUACAAACUUCAAGUUUGAUAGUGAUUUGAUUAUUUGGAAGCACAACUUGAACUGUAAAUUUAUUUGUUAUGAAUUGAGUGAUCGAGAAGAGACUACAUUGAAAGGAAAUGGAAUUGAUCUAAGUAAGAAUUUAAUGAUUGUAACCGAUGAUAAGAAAAUUAUUAUAUUCGAAUUAUCAAAAUAUGAGUCAAGUAUGCUUAUCAAGAAACGUUUGCAAAGCGGAAACCCACAUCGAAAUCUGGAUGAUCUGGAUGAUUCAGAUGUUAAGAAUUAUAAGAUUUUCAUUGGCUUAAGCAAAACAGUUCAUUUGAAUAGUAUCCAGGAUAAAUUGGCCAUACCCGAUAUCAGCCAGGUCAGCAUGGUGGAGAAUAAGCAUUUCUUAUUAUUGUUGAAUAAUGGGGAUUUAUUUUUAUUGAAAAACUAUACUUCGAAGCCAUCGAUGGACGAAUCAAAUGGUGCAUUAAAGCAACCGAGUAACAUGUACGAAUUAAUCAAAAUAAAGGGAUCGAUCGAGUAUUAUCAAUUACAAUCGAUUAAUUACAUCAAACAGAAUAAAAUAUCUUACUUGUACUUAUUCAACGGUGAGUCCUUAUUGAUUUAUAAUUUACUAGAAAUGAUUGAACUGGCAUUUGGCACUCAUAAUCGCGUACCUGAUAACAUCGACGAUUUGGAACUUCGAAUGGUUGAUCCAAUUACCAUUGCGGUGCACGAUUUCCAACCCCUCGUCAUCGAAAACACCGUUAGUGAGAGUUCAGCAGGCCUCAAGUCAAUUGAUCUCGUAGGAUUGGAAAGCAUCUCAUUCUACAAAAACAAUUAUUUGAUUGUGAAAAACAAAAUGAACCAUAAAUUAAUUCUAAACAAUUUCAUAGAAUAUGACGUCUCCACAAAAUUCGACAUCGAAUCGAUCUUGCUCAAAUACCAGCCGUUCAAUAACUUCGACUACUGUCUCGAGUUGCUAUUAUUCAACUACCUUACCUCCAACAGUGCUGACUAUCUCUCCAAGAUCAUCGAGCUAAUCAACCACACAUACCUGCCUGAGUCCAUCUACAUCAACUGCUUGAGAAAAAUAGAAAUUGCCUACUGGCAAACCUUUUUUGAACAUUUGAAGACAACUCCAACCGAGUUCAUGAAUAAGUUAAUCGAAAUCGGCAGUGUGGAAUUAUGCUACAACUAUCUCAUCAUUUACCUAAACUUCAAGAAAGAACACGAAGACACCUCGUCUGACAUAUCAUUAGAUUCGCAUGACACUGAGAUCAUUCUUAAAAUCAUCAAAAUGCUCGAUAAAUCUCAAAACUGGGACUGGUGUUUCGAGCUUUGUCGGUUCAUAAAGCUAUUGGAGCCUUCAGGCAACUUGUUAAAACAAAUCGAAGUAGUACUUAAGUAA